AUGAGUCGACAAACACCACGAAAGCCGCGACACAGCCGCCAGCCUUCGAACCGCAUACCUGCAGUUUCAGACUACGAAUCCGAUGCUGCAGCCAUACAUAACGACUACGCGCCCCCGCCUCCUCGCACAAACACCGAACUCAACCUUUCCGUCCUCCAACGCUAUCUCCCCUCUAUCCACACCAUUCUCAGCAUAGCAGCCAACGCUGUCAUCUACACCUUCAACAGCGCCUCUGAGAGCUGGGAGAAGUCUGGCGUGGAAGGCACUAUGUUUGUCUGCGCGCAAAGUCCAUCUUCCGAGGAUCCUGCCCAACAACCACGAGCUUGCGUGUUUGUUCUCAACAGAAGAGGACUUGAUAAUGUGAUUGUGGAUCUCUCACGGGUAUCCCAUGCUGAAGUUUCUGGUGAGCUUGUCAUCAUGAAGGUCGAGGGCGACUGGGAGGAGGGCGACAAGGUCCUGGGAGUUUGGAUCCACAACGACAAGGAUGAGACGAGAGAGAUGAACGCCGCCAUUAUCCAAGAAGCUUGGAAAAUUGCGCGCUCUGCGGGUCCUGUGGCGUCCGUCAUGCAUGCAAAGCCUGAAACUGAAAACCCGGAGUCUGAAGAGUCGGAAGAGUUUGAAGAGUCGAAGAUGGAGGGUUCGAAAGGGAAGGGGAAGCAAAAGGCAGAGAAUCCGGCGCCAGUGAAACCAGAGGCCAUGAAGCCAAAGGAGUCGGUGUCAAAGACUCAUGUGUCAAAGAUUCAGGUGUCAAAGAUUCAGUUGUCAAAGAUUCAUGUGCCAAAAGCAAAUGUGGCAAAGGAUAAUGACCCCGAGGAUAACGGCCCAAAGGACAAAGAACCAAAGGGUAACGACCGAAAGGGCAAGGACUUGAAAGUUGAAAAUUCCGAGGAUGAGGAUGAGGAUGAGGGUGAAGAUGAGGGUGAAGAUGAGGGUGAGGAUUCAAAGAUUGAUAUGCCAGAGGUUGAGCUGCCAAACGAAGAGAAGCCUGAGUCUGCAGGAUCUGAAUCGGAUGUCAAUACCACCGACUAA